AUGUCAAUGGAAAACGAUGAGCACAUGGAAGCAACUUCAUCAGAAAGCGAAGACGAUGACAUGGAAGAAAAGUCGGAGAAUGAAGAUGACGACCGUCCCAAAACAUUUCUUCCCGGUCAAGAAUUAAAGGAAGAUGAACAGCUAGUUUGUGAUCAGUCCGCUUAUAUUAUGUUGCACCAGGCUCAGACUGGUGCUCCAUGCUUGAGUUUUGAUAUUAUACCGGAUAACCUCGGAAAUGAUAGACAACAAUUUCCUAUGACAGCUUAUUUGGUCGCCGGUACGCAAGCAUCCAGUGCACAUCUUAACAAUAUACUUGUCUUCAAAAUGUCAAACUUACACCAAACUUCGAAACCUGAAGAUGGGGAAGAAUCUGAAAGUGAAGAUGACGAUGAUGAGGAAGAUGAAGAUGAAGAAAAAAAACCAGUAAUGACAUUUGCAGUCAUCAAGAACCAAGGAUGUAUAAAUAGGAUAAGAGCAACAAAUUUCAAAAACUCAGUAUUAGCUGCAAGUUGGUCUGAGUUGGGUUGUGUAGACGUCUGGAAUAUUACACAACAACUACAGGCUGUAGAUGAACCAGCGUUACUGGAACGAUAUAAUCUUGAUACAACUUCAAAUCCUGUUAAACCUCUAUACUCAUUCAAUGGCCACCAGCAAGAAGGCUUUGGAUUAGAUUGGUGCCCUACAGAACCAGGUGUUUUAGCCACAGGUGAUUGUAGAAGAGAUAUCCAUAUAUGGAAGCCAAAUGAAGCCGGUACUUGGACAGUAGAUCAAAGACCUCUAGUAGGACAUACAAGUUCAGUAGAAGAUAUACAAUGGUCACCUAAUGAAAGAAAUGUGCUAGCAUCAUGUUCUGUUGAUAAAACUAUAAGGAUAUGGGAUACAAGAGCUGCACCAAGCAAAGCUUGCAUGCUAACAGCUGAAAAUGCACACCAGAAUGACAUAAAUGUGAUUUCAUGGAAUAGUAAAGAACCAUUUAUAGCUAGUGGGGGAGAUGACGGUUUCCUUCACAUCUGGGAUUUAAGACAAUUUCCAAAUGCACCAGUAGGUACAUUCAAGCACCAUACAGCACCAAUAACAUCAGUUGAGUGGCAUUGGUCAGAGGCCUCAGUAGUUGCUUCUGCUGGUGAAGACAACCAGGUAGCCCUUUGGGACUUGGCAGUAGAGAGAGACGACGACGAAGUCGUAGAAGAGGAAUUAAAGAACCUCCCACCGCAGUUGCUAUUUAUACAUCAAGGUCAGACUGAUAUAAAGGAGCUUCAUUGGCACAAGCAAAUACCAGGUGUUAUGGUCACCACAGCUCACACUGGAUUCAAUAUCUUUAAAACAAUUAGUGUAUAA